CCUCUGGCAACGAUAAACAAGUACACGUGAAUGACAUACAUGCAUGAAACGGAAUUAGUUUCGAAGACGGAGGUCGGACCGUUUGGAGAAGUUGGAAUCCCGGAGAAAUUGUGCUCUUCAUCGUAACUUCGUCCAAUUUGGUGUGAACAGAAAGACCGGACAGAACGUACAGACUGCAGACUGCAUUCAGUCAAUAUUGGGCGAGCAGCCAAACUGGGCAGCCAAUAUUUGAUGGCGCUGAUGAAAGAUGACAGUUUCAUUACGUGAAGGAUCUUAAAGCAAGGCCAGAGAAGAACAGCGUGGCGUACGUGCUGUGAAGGUAUAUAAGCACUUGGCUCAUCAGGUGCCGUGUGCGUGUGACUGGUGUGAAGAUCUUCUUUAGUUAGCUGUAGGGAGAAGCUAGGCAGGAGAACACUCAUUGCUGGUGCGUGCGGUUGUCCAGACUAGACUAUCCAUCACAGUGGAUGUGUAUCACUGUUGACACGGUAUCAUUCAUGUGCGGGGUGUCAUUGUCGCUUGGUAUUUACCGCGCAUCGGAUCGUAGUAUUACCACCGGGAUAGAUUAUGACUUUUAAAGGAACUGCGAUCGAAACUACAUAACACAGCAAAUGAAUCAGACGCACUUGGGAUUUGUUUUCUACGUGUGGUUAAAUUCAGCAACAUCAAAGUACAUUGCGUCUGAGGAACAACAGGUCUGAUCAUUUUGCCAAGGUGAGCAGAGCAGCGUCAAAUCAGCUCCCAUGGGAGGCCACAUCUGGUGAAACAGAUCUCCGUCUGCAUCGCCAUAACAACCACAGAGGGCAUCAUGGGAUGCGGAGGCUCCAGUCAACCGCGCUAUGAGAUGAGCAAGUCAGAAAAAUCGUUAAAAGCAGCAUUACUGAUUCAGCGAUGGUAUCGUCGCUAUCAAGCCAGACUAGAGGCUAGGAGGAGAUGUACCUGGAACAUCUUCCAAAGCAUCGAGUACUCGGGAGAACAGGACCAACUCAAGUUGUACAAUUUCUUCAAUGACAUGUUGACUUCGGUCGAAGAUUCUCCAAAAGCCAGUUUCCUUUCUGAAAAUGGCAUUUCUGAGGAAGAGGAGAAUCCCCAGAUUAUCCGUGAUGAUAAACUAGACAAGCUAGACGUCAGUAAGAUCCUAGUGGAGCCAACCUACCAGGGAGUACAGCUGACCUUCCCCCUGACUGCCCAGCAGCUGCAGGACAUGGUAGCUAGCUUGAAGGAAGACCAGCCAAUCCAUGCCAGGUACUGCAUCCAGAUCUUACUAGAGGCGCGUAAGCUGUUAAGAGAGAAGCCUAACGUCAAUCAGGCCACAACGGCUCUGGCUAAGCAGAUUACAGUGUGUGGUGAUUUGCACGGCAAGUUGGAUGACUUAUUCAUCAUUUUCUACAAGAAUGGCCUACCCUCCAAAGAAAACCCCUACGUCUUCAAUGGUGACUUUGUGGACAGGGGCCCGCAUUCUGUAGAGGUGGCGAUGCUGCUGUUUGCCUUUUUUCUUGUCUACCCAAACGAGGUCUACCUGAAUCGCGGGAACCAUGAAGAUCACAUCAUGAAUCUGAGGUAUGGGUUUAUCAGGGAAGUCCAGAUGAAGUAUGGAAAACCCAACUGUAAGCAGCAAGCCCAGUGGCUCAUCCCUCUCUUCAAAGAUGUCUUCUCCUUGUUGCCAUUGGCAACCGUCAUUGAUGGGAAGAUCCUAGUCGCACAUGGUGGCAUCUCAGACAAGACAGACCUGACGUUGCUGACCAACCUGGACAGACGAAAGUACAAGUCAGUUCUGAAGCCUCCAUUGAAGGACGGUGCCGAUGAGAUCACCGGGGAUGAAGACGACCUGACCGAUAAGGUCAACUUCUCCGAGUGGAGGCAGAUCCUAGACGUCCUGUGGAGUGAUCCUAAGAUGGUGGACGGCUGCCAGCCUAAUCUGUUCCGUGGUGGAGGGAGCUAUUUCGGGCCGGACAUCAGCAGCAAGGUGCUGAAGAAACACAGCCUAGACCUGCUGAUCCGAUCCCAUGAGUGCAAGUCAGAGGGGUACGAAUACACGCAUAAUGGACUGGUAUUGACGGUAUUCUCAGCAUCCAACUACUAUGAGAUGGGUAGUAACAGAGGAGCCUACGUGAAGCUGGGUAGCGAUCUGAAACCACGCUGUAUACAGUACAUGGCCUCCAAGUCACAUCAGAAGCUGUCCAUGGCUCAGAGAUUGAGCAUUGUAGAAGAAUCAGCAUUAAGAGAUCUGAAAGAAAAGAUGGCAACAAACAAGACGACCCUCAAGCAGGGUUUCCAACAGUUUGAUCCGAAUAAUACAGGGUUUAUUACAUUGACGCAAUGGGCUCACGUCAUGGAGGAAGUUCUAGAGCUAACCAUUCCAUGGCGGACACUGAGAAAUAAACUCAUCCGGAUUAACGACCAGGGUAUGGUGGAGUAUGAGUCCUGCAUGGAGGUGGAGUUAACGAUAGGAGGGCAUGAAGGAGGGCCCAGUGUGACCGAGGUGCUGUAUCGUAACAAGAACAGUCUGGAGACUAUAUUCAGGGCCAUGGACAAAGACCACUCAGGCACAAUAACCAUGGAUGAGUUUGAAGAGGCCUGCAGCCUUCUCAGCAAGCACGUAGGCUCGGAUAUCUCCAAGGAGUCGGUCCGUGACAUGGCGCGUUGCAUUGACAUCAACAAGGAUGGCUACAUUGAUUUCAAUGAGUUCCUGGAGGCGUUCCGACUUGUGGACACUCAAGUCAACAGUGCUGAACUGGACAGCAACAAGUCCAAGGCCGACCUGAAAAUGGACAGCAAUGGCACAAAUGACAUGGAAACCGGUACUGUCAUCUGAUUGUUAGACCGGUCUGUGUGUAUGUUUGCUGUGUGCUGGCAACUCUGGAAGCUGAAACAUUUUGCGCAACUGGAGGGUACAGUUGGAGACAAAAAAUGCCAGACCAAUUUGUGAAUUUUACCUGCAACGCACAUCGGCAAGUUUACAGAACUUCAAAACCACUGACAUAAUUACUUGGUCCUUCAAGUGUUUCUUAACUGUCAUGUUUACAUUCUAAGCCAUGUACAACGUCAUUUGGAUUGGAUUGUUCAAUGCAACAACUAUCUAAAGCAUCUGUAGUGUUGCUGACGUGCAUUGGAACUUGAUUGAACUUCAGCUGAAAUAUCAUAAGCGUGCUGCGGACAGCCAGUGCAGUUGCAAGAGUGUGCAUUGAGCAAUUAAAGAAGUAGGGGCUUGGGACUAGAGGACUUGUGGUGGACUUGGUUACAUUACUGCAGAGUCGUUGCUCCUGAGACAUGUACCUUCAAAAUGUCUGUUGUUGCAGAGAUCAGACACUUACAUCAUUCAAUGCAUGUUGACAAACUAAAUUACUAAUGAAAUGAGACUUGCAUGGAAAUUGAAGUUUGAUCAUUUCCUAUACCGCUCUCUUGAGGCGAUAUUAGGAAUUACAGGUGAGCCUUGCAUUUUUUUUCCAGCGAGUCUUUGAGCGACUUUGUGGGAUACUUUGUCAGAGACUUCAUUAACGCUGAAAAAAAAAAUGCAUCUCUAAACCAUUACAUUUAAAUUUGCCUCAACUUGCCCCCUGGCAAUCUAACGGCCAGCAAUUUUCAAGCAGCAUUACAUUAUUGUGGAUAACUCUGUACAAAGGAUUUCAAAAGUGUAAAUAGCAAAAUGGCUACAGUUUAGCCAUUAAAAAAAAAUAUUGUACGGUUGUUUUCCCGUAUCUGUAUUUUAUUUCUCUGUCACUGAGCAUUUUUUAGUAAAGGCGAAAUUUGAAAAUUUGAAUGCAAGAAAUAAUGAGAGAACAGAACAAAUUAGUGCUAGCUGCCUUAUAAUUCUACCAGAAUCAUUUUCGGAUGAGCAAGCUUAUCUAAUGUAACCACUUUGUUUUGAAGUAAAGUUUUCAUAAAUGAAAAAUUAAAAAAAUGUUUUUAAAGUAAAGACAUGUGACAAUGACAAUGAUACGGGUUUGCUUUAAAAAGAUAUAUUUCAGCAGCACACAUUUCACACUAUAUGUGAAUCAAAUUUGUUUGUAUUCAAAGCAAAUUUUAGCAUCGUGAAUUCGUUUGGGUGCGUUUGGGCUUUGUUGAUAUUUUUUUAAGUUUUAAUGUUAUUGGUAAAUGUAUAUUAAGUAAUAUUUUUAAUUGUAAUUUGAGAAAGAAAGACAAAGAAACCUAAGGUAGUUUUACACACAUUGUUGGCUGAAGAGAAUUUUCACCGUUUUAUUUUUGUGUGGUGUUGCUGUGUUGGUGCCAUCAAUAUGUGUACAUGUACAUGCAUAAUACUAGCUUGGCUGCUUGAAAACUAAAAUCUUGAAACGUAUUUUUGUAUCAGACUAUGAUAUAUUUUAUUUUUAUUCAGUUAAAAAAUAGGAGAACAAGCAUUAAUCGUUGUGACCAGCUUUUUUUUAGACUCGGGGGAAAGACAAAAAAGAAGAUAUUAUGAAACCACUAUAAUCUCAUUAUUUUUGUAAUGGGUGACUUGGACCAAUGCAAAAGUAAACUACUGUACUAACAAUGACAAGGUGUGAAUGGUGGCACAUGUGUAGGUCUGUAAGCAUCACCGUCAUGUAAACAGAUCAAGCAUAGAAAUGAAUGUUACUGAUUAUUUUGCGAACAAUAUUGCGGAAAUUUGAUUCAUGAUACUCUGCUCAAGACAUAUUUUAACCAGUUAUCCUGGUUUUUCAAUAUUGGGUUUUUGCCCGUCACUGAUGUAUUUUUAUUAACACUGUGUACUCAGUGUUGUCCAAGGACCUGUGAGAAAAAAAAAGUCAUAAUCUUACUCGGGUGGGACUCGAACCCACAACCUCCUGCAUUACUAGUGCAGACGUCUUACCACUCGCCCACCGAGCUUGCAAGGAUUGGUUGGCUGGUACGAAUCUGAUAUAGCAGCGGGUACCGCAACCAAACUAUUCAUAAGAUGGAGUUUGCAUCGGUGAGAUGUAAAUCCUUGUUUUUGAAAUAAAGAUGGUCACAAACUCCUAAUGUUCUCCAAGUAUUAAAUUGUACUAUUUACCAAUGGUGAAAUGCCGAGGUAAAAAAAACCAGAUACAACUGCUCGCUGUGAAACUAGUUUGUAAUUUUAGUACUUGAUUAAAAUAUGUAAUUUUACAUGUAAAAAAAUCAUUGGAGCUUUGUAAGAAGUAUGAAUUCUUUCAGCCUAAAAAUGUCGAAAUGUUUGAGUUGGUGCUUUGAGGAAUUUUUAACAUCAACUGAAAUUUUGCACACUGUAUACAAAUACCUUUGAAGAAACUGUUGCAUUAGAAUUGCAUUUCAUUGCUCAUUCAGUAUUGUACUUGUAUUCAUUUUCUUUGGGGUUGAUAAACAUUCCAAAUUUGAAGUGCUCAUAAACAAACCUUGAUCCAACUUCUUUACAAAGACUUUUGUAACAUUCUUGCCUGUAUUUUCUAUAAUUUAUGUACAUAUUACAUUGGAAUUGUUAUGUACAUGUACAGCUUUUUUUUGUUCCACAAAUGGCACAUAUAAUGCUUAUACUUUGUUACUAAAUGUUUAUUUUCAGCAGGCUCAAUACAUGUAUACUCGUAUGACUUUGUACAUUUGUAUAGACCGUGUCACACCUGUUUGUGGUCACAUGAUGCAAACUGUGGUCACAUGAUACAAUUGUGGUCACAUGAUCCAAACUGUUCUAUUCUGUGCUGCAUGUACACUGUACAAUGUAAUACAGAUUUAGCUACAACCAAAUUCUAGUCAUUAAGUGAAUAUAAAUCCUUGGCCUCAACUGUGCAUUUUUAUUUAUGUGCACAAUAAAUAUAAAACUGGUGUUCCGCUCUUUACAAAAUUUGUAUGUGCAAAAAGAGAAAUAAUUUUUGCCAGUUCAACUGAUUUUGUAUCAUUUUACAAUCUAGUGGUUUACAAGUUUUAACAUUUACUGUUAAAUGUUGGCAACAUAAAGUGAGAACAAUGCUGAAAAUAUUUCCUUCUGUAUUCACAAGCAAACUGCUUGAAUUCCCAUUGUUAAAUUCCAUCCCAGUUUUAAUAAAAAGCUAUGUUUUUGAAAGUUGUGUCCUUUCGUUUGGAGGGAUCAGGACAAAUGGCACAAUGGUUCCAAAAAUGAUGUAUUAUUAAAAUGAUCUAUUUU